AUGAUUACGUUGUUUUUAUUGAUAGUUUAUUCUAUUGCAAAUACGUCUGAUGGACGAAAUCAAUUAUCAGAAAAAUAUCCUUAUGGAAUGGACAAUCAAGGUACAAACUUUAACUCUGAAUUUACAAGUGAUGUAAACAGCUAUCAGAUUCAAAAAUUUGCUGAGAGUGGAGUUUUCAGUGCAAAUCAAGAAAAUUAUGUUCGUGCUAAGUGUAAAACAUGUUGUAGAGUUAUUUUUGCUUCUGAUUAUAAUUACGAAACGCAAAAACAAUUUAUAAAUGAUGAUGAUAUAAAAGGAACUACUAGAUAUGUCAUGGAUAUGGAAUUUGAUGAUAAAAGAUCAGUUAGAUUUUAUCAAGGAAAUUAUGAACAAAAUAUUUUAUUAAGACCAUUAAAAAUGGGAAAUGAACUCCAGUUCUUUGAAUUUGCACCAUAUAAAAUGUAUACAUCAUUUGCAAUUCCAAGAAGAGUACAUGAUAUUAGAGGAGGAGCUAUUAAAGGUGCAACACUAAUUAUUUGGAUGAAGAAAGCACCAUUAGACCCAGGAACAAAUAAUCAAAGAUUUGUUUAUGUACAUCCAUAUCCUACUUCAUAUUAUCAAAAUAGUAACCAGAAUAAAUGGAAAGAUUAUCCUAAACAUUUCUAUCUUCCAUUCUCUGACAGUAACCUUUGUUAUCAAGCUAAACAGAAAACAGAUACCAAAUCUACGUGGACUGGAAAUGCCCAUCUUAAACUUGAAAACAGUUAUCAAAUUGAAGCCGCUUCUUGCGUUACUAAUGAACCAAGGCAAAUUUUUAUUCCAGUCUUUGCAUAA